AUACAUGCACAACGAACUGUUUUCACUCCCGCUUCAGCCAGCCAUCCAGGUAACAGGGUCCUCUCAACGCUCCGCACCUACACGACAUCAUCUAGUCCCUCGUCAUGCCGACGUACGAGCUCGUGUAUUUCAACGCCCGCGGUCGCGGCGAGAUCGCCCGUCUUCUCCUCGCCCAAGCCGGGGUCGAUUACGAAGAUACUCGUCUGACUCAAGACGAGUUCAAAGCCAUCAAGGGUGACGUCACAAAAGCCCCUCUUGGUCAGUUACCUGUGCUGGUCGUAAAAGGCACUGCUACACCAUUUCCACCAAUCCCACAGAGCCACGCCAUCGAGAGAUACCUUGCAAGAGCAUUCGACAUGUACGGCAAGAACAUAGAAGAAGCUACACGUAUUGAUGUCGUGUGUGAAUGCGUCGGAGAUAUCUUUACUCAUAUCAUGAAGAUGUUCUUCGAGAAAGACGAUGCAAAGAAGGCUGAGCUAGGAAAGAGUUUUGUUGAGAAGGACUCUAAAACCAUCCUGACCGCUAUGUGCGAUGCUCUGAAGAAGAACAGUGGUGGAAAGGGCUUCUUCGUCGGCGACAAGAUGACCAUUGCUGAUAUCACGGUCUUUAACAUGGCGGAGACAAUUUUCGGAAGCAUGCCACCCCUAGCAGCCAUGUAUCCAGCUUUGAAGGAGUUCUCUGACCGCAUGAAAGCUGAACCAAAGAUCGCUGCAUGGCUCAAGAAAAGGCCAGAGACUGCUAUGUAAAAUCACUUACGCUGUGGCUUUACCGGGAGUCUUUCUUUCCAUUAUUUGUGGUGUUUUUUUAAAUGAAAACUACAUGUAGUCCAAUAAGAUUUCCUAAAUAAUUGUUCCCUAGAUGAAGUUGUGUGCUAACUUAACACUAAAAGGCAUUUAGACCAAUAACAUGUUGGAUUAAUUAGUGACAUGUACAAGCAGGAAAAACAAAUUUAAUAAGAGCCAGCCCCCCCCCCCCCCCCUCCCACCAAAAUAAGUCCACAUGUUUGCCGAGUUGGGUGAAACAAAGGACCCUUUAUUUGGAAUUUGUCGAUUGCAGUCGUGGAUUUGCUAAUAGGUAUACAAUGUAAUUAUUUCUGCAACGACAACCGCUACAUCGUCCUUCAGGCACCCCCCCCCCCCCCCCAGGGAACUCGUAGCAAGAAAGUUCUCUGCCUUCAUUCAUUACAAACGUCUUAUUAUCGUACCGGUUAUGAUAGGUUUUAGACAUUAAAACGGCACUCUGACAAUGGACCUACUACGAAACUAAGGGGCUACGGGCCGUGUGUCCCCCCCCCCUCACCGAAUUGUGAGAAAUCAAUGAGAAAAUAAAAUAAAAUACAAUGAACAAGGUAGGGGUAAAGUGAAAGGAGAUCAUCCAAUCCGCUCCCAUAUACCCCACCCCAUCGCUAUAGGUAUUCUUUUUUUUUUAACCUUUCAUCUACCUGUUUAUACCCAUGCCUCUAACAUUCUUCGUCAUUCAUGCACUUCUUCACGUCAUUCUCCUUCACAUGAACUCUUAAACAAUAUUGAUUGAUGUAAUACGAAAAGAUUUGAAAUUCAUAGUGUAUUCUUUUGCAGUUGAAUUUUUGUAUCAGUGACGAACGAGUCUUUCCAUUAUAGAAGAUAAUGACGUCAUCAAGUAGAGUUCCUUCAGCCAGUUUAAAGUCGUCUUCAGAAUUUCAUUGUUAACACAAGAAACAACGACCACGUUUCAAUUUCGUGUACCCCUUCUGUGAAUUAACGUUUGGAAAAAGAAAAUAAAGUUAGUUCUACCUUU